AUGGCUCCUGAAACAGGAUUGCAAAGAGUCGCGAGGGAUGGAGAGGUGCGGACUUUGAACAUGCCAGUCGAGGGGCGCGGUGCGCCUGCCUGCUCCACACAUUUGCUCGUAGCCCAUGCACAGCCACGCGCAUAUCUGCAGCAGCAGCAGGUGGUGCAGUGCGGUACAGCCACCGCACAGCUCCGAACGAGGUGUGCGGCAGGGCCAAAGCAACGGUGGCGACGCGACGUCGGGCCAAGAGGUGGAGAUUGCAAAACGACGCUGCCGCUGCGGAAGGACUGGCAAAAAAAAAGAAAAAAGGCAACAAAAGGGGGCUCGAGGGAAUGAACAAUGGCCUCUUGAUGUGA